GACACUUUUUUCGCUAGAUAGUGUUGUUCGCACCUUCAUCAGAAGGGCAUUUAGGCUGUAGCUUAGCAGUUUUAGCUACUUUCUUAUUUUAUGAUAUGCAAAAAUGAAUAAUGCAAUAAAAUUCAAAGUUUUUUUUCCCCUCAGUUUGACUGGACCCCGAGCAGACUGGUUUCAUUGCGGUGGAGAACUUCACCAGUCUGGCGGAGCAGCAUGAGCUGCAGCUGGACCCCAACAAGCUGGACAUGUUGCUGGCCCUCGUUCAGAGCGACCAGCACGGCCACGUCUGCUACCAGGAGCUCAUCGAGCUGCUAAGCAGUAAACGCUCCAGUAGUUUCCGGCGUGCCAUUGCUAAUGGGCGGCGCACUCUACAGCGCGAGAUCCUAUUGGACGAGACGGGCCUGGGCGUGUACAAGCGCUUUGUGCGGUACGUGGCGUACGAGAUCCUCCCGUGUGAGACAGACAGACGCUGGUACUUUCAUCAGAACAGGCUCUGUCCUCCACCUGUCUUUAUGGCCAUCAUCACCAUAGUGCAGAUUGUGGUGUUUAUGUGUUACGGAGUGAGGCUCAACAAGUGGGUUCUGCAGACGUAUCAGCCGGACUUCAUGAAGAGCCCGCUGGUGUAUCAUCCAGGACACCGAGCCCAAGUCUGGAGAUUCUUCAGCUACAUGUUCAUGCAUGUUGGAUUGGAGCAGCUCGGCUUUAAUGCGCUACUCCAGUUGAUGAUCGGCGUUCCUCUGGAGAUGGUGCAUGGAAUUCUGAGAAUCAGCCUUCUCUAUAUGGCAGGAGUGGUGGCAGGUUCUCUCACCGUCUCCAUCACCGAUAUGCGUGCUCCGGUGGUCGGGGGCUCUGGGGGAGUCUACGCACUCUGCUCUGCCCAUCUCGCCAACGUCGUCAUGAACUGGGCCGGGAUGAAGUGUCCGUACAAGUUACUGCGGAUGAUCCUUGCACUGGUUUGCAUGAGUUCAGAGGUGGGCCGAGCCGUGUGGCUGCGCUUCUCGCCGCCGUUGCCCUCGUCAGGGCCGCAGCCGAGCUUCAUGGCCCACCUGUCGGGUGCCGUGGUGGGUAUCAGCAUGGGCCUGCUUAUCCUGCGCAGCUACGAGGAGUCGCUGCACAAGCAGUGCUCAUGGUGGGUCCUCGUCUUCUCCUUCGUCACCUUCCUACUCUUCGCCAUCUUCUGGAACAUCUUCGCUUACGAGCUGCUGGGAGUCCAGAUUCCACCUCCGCCCUGAUGAUACGCCCCCAACUGUUUCCUCACUCUGGCUGCCGAUGGCCACACACAACCUUCAGAAACUGGAUUUCUUGAUGGCCUCACUCUCCUUUUUGUUACAGCUCCACCCUCUUUUGACCAAUAGUGGACGGAUGGUCCACACAGUUUGGAAGUUUGGAAAUUCUUACAGUGAUUUUCUUUCAGGACGUUUCCUACCGUACUACUUAAACUCUUCAUUUACAGACUCCCACUUGACCAAUUCUAAAGCCAGGAUGGGAAGAUAUGAAUGAACUUAAUCACUUCGGUUGAUUUUUGUCCAAUUUUCAUCACCGGGCAUCUAAAUACAGUAUGUCUUUCUCUUUUUUUUCAGUUCAAAUGUUAUAUUCAGUGGUUUUUGGUUUUAUGAUUUUCAAAAUGGUGCACUGUUAUUUUUUAUUGCUGUUACACUGUCUGUAUUUCAGUGUUCUUUGGGAAGCUGAAUGGAAAUACAGGCAACGUCCACACUAAUACGUUUUAGUUUGAAAACGGCAUUUUAAAAUGAAAACGGUCUCCGUCCGUGUCAGAAACAAAUUCUAUCCAUACUAUCGCGCCUGAAAAUGCAUAUCACAGGACCGUUCACAUAAACUGGGGACGCGUGUGCUGUGCUGGUAUGAACAGCUGAUGCCGUUUGUUUUCUUCAGGAAAAGAGUCACAUGAUAGGAUAGGAAUGUGACAAAUCAAGGAAGACCCAAUCAGGAAGUAAGCGUGGGUGUCUGCGUCCUCGUUUCCAAGGGUCUCCGUUUUCUCCCGUCUAUGUUAAAAUGCUACCUCGGAGUUUUCAAUCUAAAACGGGGCCAAGAACAUUUCCAAAAGUCUCUGGUUUUGGGGCUCGAAAACUUUGGAGUAGUGUAGACACCAAGCGUAAAUGUAGCAAAAAUGAUGUGCUUUAAGACUAAAAUGUAUUAGUGUGGACGUAACCACAAUUUCAAAAAGUUUCUGAUCCUACACACACACACACACACACACACACUCCAUCUAAAGCCCAGCCUUUCUUGUGCAGCUCUUGCCCUUUAACAUUCUUCACACUUCAUGAAGUCAGAGGGUAAAGUCCUUGAUGUCAGACUUUGCGAGUCACCUGGUAACUGUUGUCUUGGUUGCUGUCAGCCCAUCUCAAUGGUAGCCAUUAUCAAGGUGUCUUCUCAUUGUGGAAUCACUGGUUCAGGCAACCGAUGGCAAGUGUUUCGUAAAGUUCGGAGCAGUCGUGAAAAUCCUAUGAAUGAAAUCGUAAGUAAAAAAUAUGACCCCUGACGUUAUCAUUUUUUCAUCCAAGCCAGCUGCAAUCAGGAGAACGUUUUGCCGAAACAACAUUCUGCCUUCGAAAACACUGAGGUGAAGUCCCAGACGCUAGAGAUUGCUAGUAGCUACCUUUUGAGAAAACAUGAAAGUAGACAUUGUAUGGUUCACAAAAAAAUACCUCAACACAAAGAAGGGUCCCGAAAAAUGAAAAUAAGGUACAGCUCUUGCAGCUAGCUAAUAGUCUGCUAGCUCGUGGUUGACUAGCGCGAUCAAACUCUAGCUACGUAAAUCAACACCUUCAGCUCAAGCCUGACAGAACACAGUGUCUGUGAACACUGAGUUAACUUUACACUUGAAUUUACUACACAAUCAUUCCAAUUUUACAUUUGCUAACCUCACUCACUGCUUGUAGCCUACAUACACUCAUUAUGGAUGGGUAGUACACAAUUGUUUGUGUUACCAGUGAGAAAAACUUUGUAACAACCAGAAAGCUUGGUAAAAUGGAUUCUGUGUUCUUGCGUUUGAGAUUUAUUUUUAUUUUUAUUAUUUUUUUUUAAUGGCUGAUGUUAUAAUAGAAUGCUAGCGUUUGGGACAGACCCUACAUGGGCAUUUUUCACUCUAUGAUUGCCAGAUAUCAGAAAAUCUCAUCCGUGUGAGGAUUUCUGAAGGCCUUACACUACAAAGUACUCAAAUCUGUAGUGCCAAGUUACCAUUCGCUAAGCUGCUAAUGUCAAAUUGUAUAUUCAACGA